ACAAAUUUAUAGACACAAAGACAGACGCAUCAAAAACUAUACCUCCAUUUCUCAUAGAGGUAACUAUCUACAGUGGCAUGCCAUAUGGAGUUGAUUGCUACAAAUACAAUCUACAUUACAAUUCCACGUCUUGGUAAUUCAGUCUUAUGUUAGGAUAUGUUUGAAAACGGUGUGAAAAUGCCUAAAAUGCCUCGUGACAGCGAAGAGAUCCAUGACCUUUCGGAUUUUUACCACAAUCUAAAAUUUUCAUUUUAAUUUCUGUUUGGAGACAGUGCUCAGGUGUAGUACCAGUACAAAACCAGUUUUUCUUGUUGGACUCAGGUGAGCACGGGUGUGCCGUCGACACUCGCUCACCGGGUACAGGUGCAGGCAGAGGUCAAAGGUCGUAUAAGCGCUAUAAGGAAGUAUAACCGCACUUACUAGUACUUAAGUCAACAUGGCCGACAAGACUGAGUACCGAUUCCUAGGCGGCAGCGGUUUGAAGGUGUCCAACAUCUGCCUGGGCACCAUGACGUUUGGAGACUGGAUGCUUUUGCCCGGCCAGUGCGACGAAGCGGCCUCCCAUGCCAUCCUGAAUCGCUACGUGGAGCUGGGAGGAAACUUCAUCGAUACAGCAGACGUGUAUGCCGAAGGCAGGUCUGAGGAAAUCAUAGGAAGCUGGUUGGAAAAGCAGCAGCGAGAGAAGUUUGUCAUAGCCACCAAAGUCCGGUUCACCAGCGGCAAGGGCAUCAACGGGCUGGGACUGAGCCGCCAUCACAUAAUGCAGUCCAUAGACGACAGUCUGCGCAGGCUCCGUACGGACUAUGUGGACCUGUACCAGAUCCAUGACUGGGACGAGGCUACCCCCAUCGAAGAGACCCUGUUAGCUCUGAAUGACCUGGUGCGCGCAGGGAAGGUGCGUUACCUGGGCGCCAGUAACGUCACCGGCUGGCAGCUGCAGAAGAUUGUUGAGCUGAGCAAGUCCAUGGGACUCAACAAGUGGAUUUCUCUUCAGGUGGCGUACAACCUGCUGUGCCGUGGGAUAGAGUGGGAGCUGGCCGAAGUCUGCAGGCGGGAGGGUAUCGGCAUCAUCCCGUGGAGCCCGCUCAAUGGAGGUCUGCUGACUGGGAAGUUCAAAAGAGAAGAUGACGCGCCCGAGGGAACCAGAAUCGCGCUUUUCACCAAGAAGGAAAUCCAGGAAGACCACGAGUCGAUCCCAAACUUCGAGAGGAUUAAAAAAGAUGACAAGACCUGGAAGAUCAUUGAUGUCACGAAGAAUACAGCUGAGGCUCAUGGUAAAACCCCGGCGCAGGUGGCAAUCCGCUGGCUGCUACAGAAAGACGUGGUGUCGUCUGUCAUCAUUGGCGCGAAAACUCUUCAGCAGCUGGAGGACAACAUGGGCGCCUCCACUGGCUGGGAGAUCACGGAGGAACAGAUGGCUGAGCUCGACACUGUCAGCCAGAUGGAACCAACCUACCCGUAUAGAAGCAUGAACAUCGACAGAGUGAGGAAGAACCUGUGCCAGUAGAUUACCUGGCACUACCAGCGGCUUGGUUCCAAUUAGAUGAAUAGUGAUCUGUUAUACGAAUAUAAUGCUCUUCAGUUAUAGAUGUUACUUCUGCAACCUGAAUCAAAGUAAACCAGGCCGAAUCUUGAAUGAUGAACACUACAAAUGAGAUUAGACUCUAAUUUGUACUCAUUUAUCGGGUAGGAAAUAUCUUCAUACAUACAAGUUGUCAUUUCGCUCAUGUUUAGUUUUGCAUGUUUCUACUUUAUCUACGGCAGGUUGUUGCAACACAGUGCUAAGGCAUCAACAGGUAACAGAAGACCAAACAAAUGAAUCUCAGUUAAUAACAAGCAAUACAACAAUCACAUAGAUGCUACAUUAUUGAUCUUAAUGACCAGGUUUAAUACAUAUUUUCACUUUUAUGUGUCUUUGAAAUAAGCACUCUUUAUGCUAAGUAGGUAGUAAUGACAGCCAACUUGGCACCCUCUGUUAGUCGAAUGCCAAGUACAUGUUUGUAGCUUGACACCAUUUGUUUUGAUACGUUAUAUAAAUCUUAUCUUCCAAUCAUGCUUAAAUGAAUGAAUGAAAUAAACCACCAGACCGCUAGUGA